AUGUCGUCGGGUACUGUUCACUUCCCCGCCAUUCUUGUAACCGUCACCUGUAAUCCGCGCAGGUGUGUCCGCACCCCCCUGAGUGGACGAGAAAGAAAGGAUUUGUCGGAGCAACCCCCCAGGUUCCAGACCCAGGAGUCAACUUUCCCGUAUGAGCAUUCGAUAGGUCGUCUGAGGGUUCGCCGCGGUUCAUUGCUGUGCUUACACACUAGGCUACCCUUCUCCGAAAGCUCCGCGGGACCACCUAUCACUAGUCUUCGGCCGGAGGGGUUUAUUGCACAAACGCCGGGAUGCAGGCUCCCGAAGAGGGAAGCCCAACGAAUGUCAGAUGCAAAGCCCCGCACCUCAUUAAGAUCAUAUUGGCAUACUCUCCCAAAAAAAAAAGAGCAGACCCCAUUGAAGACGAGAGUGAGGUACAACAAGGCCAUUUCUGUCCACCGCCCUUCUCACGGAACCGUACGUGGACGUUACCGCUCAUACAGCUCCCAGCCAGCAAGAGUUAGCCUUCCUCUACAAGGAAUGGAAGUGUGGAUGAAUCGCAUCAAGAAUUCGCUUUUUCUUUUCAGAAAGAACAUGAUGGAUCAGGACGAGAAUGAAUCCGGGAAUCCAGGACAUACUCAUCCUGGAGCUUCUGCUCUCCUCUGGGGAGGGGUUUUUUUAGAUAUAAAGGUGAGUCGAGGGUAGCCUCCCGCUUGACCGAUUUC